AUAAAUAUGCAUCCUAGAAACCCCAAGAUCACUGAUGCAAAUGUGUUUGACUAUAAAGACUGUUAUCCAGUAGUCCAAGAAUUGAAGGUGUUCCAUAUCAUUCAUUACAUCUGAGAGUUCUUUUCAGUGGCUUGUACUACAUUCUUAGUAAUCCUCAACUUUCUGGUCGGCUUUGAUAUCUUCUUUGUAUUGUACACACUUAUUACAGCUUUAUUGGUGACUCUUGGAAUCUGCUAUGUCUGAUACCCAAUGAAUAAUUUUUCACGUCACAUCUUAGUAAAAGUGGCUAUCUGUAUCCUAGGUAAACUUUGUAUUGCUGCUGUUAUCUAUUAUACAUUUGUUGUAAUUUUCAACAUAUCUUGGGAAGAUUGUAUUUAUGAAGAAGAAUGUCAAUACAAUUGGUUUUUUAUUCUCCUCGGACUAAUAAACCUCAGCCCCACCCUCUAUUUCUUUUCCGUUAUUGCUAUAAUUGCCAAACGUAUGUCUAUCGCCAAUAAAAUCCGCCAACACAUAAACCAAGAUCAUCUUCCCACUAAACAUGGGUCCUGCUCCUCUACCCCAACCUUUAGCUCACCCCCAAGACCCUAA